AUGAGACGAAUAACAAUGAAAGGAACAUAAACAGAAAGAAUAUAAAUCAAAAAGAGUUUUAAUAUUGAUGUCAUUCUUAAAUAAAUAUUCUCAAAAGCUGAAUAUUUUACUCAAAGAUAUGUGUUUAGUCAUCCUAACCAAAGGAAUUUUGUUCAUUUAAUUAGAUCUAUUUAUAGGCUUCUCUUAAUCCCAGAUAAUUGGGUUAAAUAGAUUAAAUUAUCUCAUAAAGCCUUAUUUUAUUUAAUUGUUCAUUUGAAAUUUGCUUAAAAGGGAAUCCAUCCAUUAUAAGAAUAUGCAUAUGAAAAACUCUAGAUAAUUUUGUAAUAUAAUUGA